AUGUCAGCUGAUAGUCUGUGCGCCGCGUCCGCAGCACAAGCAUCCCGCCCCUGCAAUCAUGAGAUCGUGCACCAUGCAGAGCCUAUCACUUGGGCAGGCACAGGUGACUGGAAUGCUGUUUCUGCGGAUUCAUCGGGCCAAGACAUUGUCCAGCACCGAGGAUGCGACGUGCCUCCUGUCCCGUUGGGACAUCCAUUUCAACAGCAGCUUGCCUCCGAAGGUUUCGCAGCAGGGGAGGAUAGCACAACAUCAAGGGACGAUGAAAAAGACGCCAAUCUGAGUGCAGCAAAUCUCCCGGGUGCUUCGUUGCAGGAUGUUGCUUUGGGCCCACUAGCCUCCACCCUCCCCCGUCCCGCCGAGCAGCAGCGGCAGGACCACGCCGCAGCUGCCAAAGGCAAAGGCCACACAAGGGCAGAGGGCUUGAGCAAGCCGGGCUUAGACAGUGCCGGCAGCGAUGCGGAGCUUGUGUCAGACGCAGCUCGCUUGCCAUUGGACAGCCUCUCUGCAGAAUCCGUGGGGUUAGUCCCGCUCCCAGAUGGCGGCAUCCCUUUGACGCCUUUGGCUGACGCAGGUCUGCAAGCAGCUGUUUCUGGAGCUUUUCCAGGUGGAGGGCGAAGCACACCAUCAGGGGACGAUGCACAAAAUGCCACUCGGAGUACAGCAGAAAACCUGUGUGCCACCUCCGAAGCACCAGCACCUCAUGCGAUCGUACACCAGGCAGAGCUUGCCACUCCGGCAGGCGCAGGUGACUGGAAUGCUGUUUCUGCGGAUGCAUCGGGCCAAGACAUAGUCCAGCACCGAGGCUGCGACGUGCCUCCUGUCCCGUUGGGACAUCCAUUUCAACAGCAGCUUGCCUCCGAAGGUUUCGCAGCAGGGGAGGAUAGCACAACAUCAAGGGACGAUGAAAAAGACGCCAAUCCGAGUGCAGCAAAUCUUCCUGGUGCUUCGUUGCAGGAUGUUGCUUUGGGCCCACUAGCCUCCACCCUCCCCCGUCCCGCCGAGCAGCAGCGGCAGGACCACGCCGCAGCUGCCAAAGGCAAAGGUCACACAAGGGCAGAGGGCUUGAGCAAGCCGGGCUUAGACAGUGCCGGCAGCGAUGCGGCGCCUUUGGCUGACGCAGUUCUGCAAGCAGCUGUUUCUGGAGCUUUUCCAGGUGGAGGGCGAGGCACACCAUCAAGGGACGAUGCACAAAAUGCCACUCGGAGUACAGCAGAAAACCUGUGUGCCACCUCCGAAGCACCAGCACCUCAUGCGAUCGUACACCAGGCAGAGCUUGCCACUCCGGCAGGCGCAGGUGACUGGAAUGCUGUUUCUGCGGAUGCAUCGGGCCAAGACAUAGUCCAGCACCGAGGCUGCGACGUGCCUCCUGUCCCGUUGGGACAUCCAUUUCAACAGCAGCUUUCCUCCGAAGGUUUCGCAGCAGGGGAGGAUAGCACAACAUCAAGGGACGAUGCAAAAGACGCCGAUCUGAGUGCAGCAAAUCUCCCUGGUGCUUCGUUGCAGGAUGUUGCUUUGGGCCCACUAGCCUCCACCCUCCCCCGUCCCGCCGAGCAGCAGCGGCAGGACCACGCCGCAGCUGCUAAAGGCAAAGGCCACACAAGGGCAGAGGGCUUGAGCAAGCCGGGCUUAGACAGUGCCGGCAGCGAUGCGGAGCUUGUGUCAGACACAGCUCGCUUGCCAUUGGACAGCCUCUCUGCAGAAUCCGUGGGGUUAGUCCCGCUCCCAGAUGGCGGCAUCCCUUUGACGCCUUUGGCUGACGCAGUUCUGCAAGAUAGCACAACAUCAAGGGACGAUGAAAAAGACGCCAAUCUGAGUGCAGCAAAUCUCCCUGCUCCUUCGUUGCAGGAUGUUGCUUUGGGCCCACUAGCCUCUACCCUCCCCCGUCCCGCCGAGCAGCAGCGGCAGGACCACGCCGCAGCUGCCAAAGGCAAAGGUCACACAAGGGCAGAGGGCUUGAGCAAGCCGGGCUUAGACAGUGCCGGCAGCGAUGCGGAGCUUGUGUCAGACACAGCUCGCUUGCCAUUGGACAGCCUCGCUGCAGAAUCCGUGGGGUCAGCGCACGGAGACGGCUCUAGCUCUGCACACGGGCUUAGUGAGAGACGGGUGAGUGCAACUAUUCUCACACGUGAUCGUGCAGAUCUUGAUCCAGUUGUGCACCACUUCAGCCCUGGUGCUGCAGAGGACAAACCCACUCCAGAAAGGGACAGCACAGGAGAUUCGAUCAUCACUUUGGCCCAGAUGCCAGUUGACGACACAUGCUCUGACACAUGCUCUGGAAAUUCCGGGAAACAGCCACAGACAGCCGGCACUGUCUCCGUUGCUUCUGGUCUGGUCCCGGAAAAUCGGUCCCAAGGGCUGCCUCACCUACGUCAUGUGCAGGCGUCUGGAAUGAACAGCAAAGACGAAGCAGAUCGUGCUGUCUGGACCCCUGCCAACAGAGCACACCUGCUGGACGGCACAAGCGAUGCUGGCGCAAUCCAGCAGAACCGAGACCGGCAGGGAUCCGGCCCUAUCCCGACAGACUCUGACAAGUUCGUUGGCAAUGAAGAAACCCACCUGGGAUCUUGCACGACGGCCUCCACAUCUCUGCGAGGAAGGCACAUAUCGCACACCCGCCAUGCGAGGUCCGUGGAAGUUCUAGCAUCGUCACUGUGCAUCUCGUUCGGGGAACUGGGGCCUGAAUGGAUUGCGGCGGACUCCGUGAGCCGAAAAGCACAUGAGCUGCCAAGCGUUCCGAUGCAACGUGUGGGUGGUGCUGCCACGGAGAAUAUUGGCCUGAGAGACAUCGCCUUAGAAAAGACUGACAGCCUAAGCUCGGUGACUGACAGCGAGGCUGAAGUUCGGGCUGCAGCAAAUGUCAUUCCCAGCACCAGCUUGGGCACAACACUGACACAGGCGGAUGCAGAAGCCGAGAAAAGACUUUCGCCUCGCACCUCCGACAGUCGGCGGAGACGGUCUCCCCCCAACGGGAAAGGCCAAGCCGCGGGCCAGGUACCUGGCACAGGCCAAAACGCGUCUGCGCCUGCCAGCGGGGGCCUACAAGGAGUGCUCUUUCACCAGCCGAAGGCUGAGCCAAGUAGAAGGCGCGCCUCCAGACGCACGGAAGGGACUGGAAGCUCUGACUCUGCGAACUUCACAUCGCGGCCCCUCGGCCGUUCCAUGAACGAUUCGUCUGACUGGCAUAGCUGUGCCUCUGCAAGUGAAUCGGAAACAGAUGCAGCCGGCUUGGGAUCGCUUGGCAACAGUGAUGUGUCAGGGGUAUUUCAAGACGCACAUUCCCCGAACAGGGCAGGCGACUUGAUUUCUGCGUCGGCGGAGGUGCGCAUGCGGCUGGCAGAGCUGCCAGAUUCGCCGUGGAUCAACGUGACAAGUCCCGGCAGGGGAUACAUGCAACCAAGGAGGAGCUGGCCUUCACUGAGUCAAAGCCCAGCAAAGAGCCUUACUCCGUUUAAUUACUCCUUCCAUCUACCUCCCUCAGACACGAAGAUCUCCAGUGCUACUUCCAACCAUGCCGUGCCCAUACUUGAGCUGCCUGUCGGAAGCAUGCCGGAUCGGACUGGGAAAACAACCAGCGCCCCAGGAAGCGCCAGAGAUUCGGAGAUCCCCACGUCUUGCCCGACGCUGCCAAUUCAACGGAAGCACUGCUCGCCAAAAGCUAAGCCUGCGGGGCAAUGCCAGUCGUCUAGCUCGCUUGAUGACACCACCUCGCCGGUCGCGCUGGACGCGCCAAAGCCACAUCCCAAACCUGGCCUUCCAGCAAGCCCAACAGCCUCGCCCAUGCCGGUACCUUCCUCGCCCUCUGCGCCCUCGUCACCUUCAACUUCUCCUCUGCCAUCGCCGGAGAAGCCACCGAAAGGUGGAAAGAAGGGUGCUCCACCUAAAGGCAUGGGCAAGGGGAAGGACAAGGGCAAGGGAAAGGAGAAAGGUGCCAAAGCUGAACCAAGGAAGCCCGACGUAAAGCCAGGUGUGCAAGUCAAGAAGCUUUUCUGGAACUCUUUCCGCAUUGAUAGUGCGCAGAACACGGUCUGGAAUGCUAUUGAAGAAGAAGGUGCACAGAUUGACACGCAGCAGCUAGAGACUUUGUUUUGUGAUGAACCUCUGAGAGGCUUUCAUCGCUUUGCCUCGCCUUCGCCGGAGAGCGACCGUCCGACGGUAAAGCGUGUUCAGGUCGUGGACACGCAGCGUAGACGGCAAGUUUGCGUCAUGCUAGCGAGACUUCCGCCCACGCCAAUUGCAGCAAGGGCCUUGCUUCGCUUGGAUAGCGAGGUGCUCAACAGCGAGCAAGUAGAGCUACUGCACUUUAACCUGCCGUCGGAGGACGAGAUCAAGCUGUUGCGCAAGGCACAGGCUGAUCAAACUAUUGAUGAACUGCACGUGUGGGACACAGCAGAAGAGUUUCUUUUGGCCUGGAUUGCCGUACCUCAAUUCGAGCUGCGACUCCGCACCUGGCACUUCGAGAAUACGUUUCAGGAGCGGUUUGAUGCUCUAGCAGAGGGACUGCGAAGUGUCUUGGAGGGAUGUCGAUCCGUGCUGGAUUCCCGCUGCAUUAGACAUCUUCUUGGGAUUGUCCUUUAUGCUGGCAAUUAUUUGAACGGCGGCACACCUCGAGGACGAGCAGAUGGAUUUGCGCUGGACACACUCCCAAUCAUGCGAACAGUGAAGAUGUCACAGGCCGAUCGCCCGGGAACUUUGGUAGACUAUGUCACUGGACAGAUGGAGAGGCGGCAUCCUGGAGACCUUCGCACUGUUUUUGCUCCUGGCGGCGAGUUCGAAGUCUUGACAAGCGCUGCCAGACACAAGGCCCCCGACCUCGCAGACGAGCUGCGGAAAUUGCGAAGCUAUGCCGAGCAGCUCUCCAGCCGCCUUCUCAACCUUUCUCCUGCAGACGCGCAAGACUCAAGCAUGGAUGCUCGCGAAUCAGAAGCAGCCCGCUCUUCAGGUUCUGGUGUGGAUGAUGUCCUUUUAGCUUGCCAAAGGUUGCUUGCAAGCCGAAUCGAGGAGCUCGAGAAGCUAGAGGCUGAGCUGAAGCAACUCGAGGAGAAGUACGAAGAAAUCGUUGUUUGGUUCCAUAUGGAAGAAAGAGGCGCCCGAAAGCCAAUGGACGAGUUCUUUCACAUUUGGGACAAGUUUCUUCGGGAUGUUCAGGUUGCCCACAAAGCGUUUGAGCAGCAAGAGCUGAAGGAGAAGCGUAAGACUUCCAUGCCUCCUCGUCGCGCCACGAUGCAUGUACCCCGCGAGAAGGAGCGCGGUGAUCGCAGCCUGCGAAGCUUGACCCCGCGGCGGAGCGGCAAAGAUUCGACGACUUUGAGUGGUGAUACUCGAACUCAAGCCGACGAGGAUACUGCAUCCUCGAUCUUUCCGACAAGACCGCGGUUCUCCAGUCACACUGACUUUCAAAAACAUGACCGUGCAGCCCAGCUCGAGAAAACUGGAAGAGGCCUGCUCUAG